UCGCGGUGCUGUGACGUCACCACCAAGCGACAAUAACAGUCGAUGAAGCUUCAUUCACGCUGCUGCUAGCACGAACAGAACCAGCAGGCUCAAAAAUAUGGACUUGCUAUAUGGCCCAUUGGGCCUGGGUGUAGUCGCAGGACUGGGCUGUGGGCUCCUGCUUGGUUGGCACCUUCGAGCUCGCUUGGGCCCAACAUCCAAAAGCCUGAUGGCAGCGAUGGGGAACGGGGCUGGUGAAGCAAGCGUGAUGGGGGAAGGAGGCGAGUUCAAGAUGAUACUAGUGGUCCGAAAUGACCUGAAGAUGGGUAAAGGGAAGGUAGCUGCCCAGUGCUCCCAUGCUGCUGUAUCAGCUUACAAGCAGGUUCAGCGCAGGAACCCAGAGCUUCUCAAACAGUGGGAAUACUGCGGCCAGCCCAAGGUGGUGGUGAAGGCCCCCGAUGAGGAGACCCUGAUCGAUCUGCUGGGUCACGCCAAAGAAGUGGGGCUUCCUGUCAGCCUGAUUCAGGACGCAGGAAGGACUCAAAUCGCACCCGGGUCACGUACCGUGUUGGGUAUCGGUCCUGGCCAGGCUGAUCUGAUUGACAGAGUCACUGGACACUUGAAACUCUACUAGUGGGACACCAUUUAGUCUAUGUCUUUCUAAAAUAACAAUUGACUCAAUAACAUGAUAAACUACUUGAUUGUGUGGUGCAUUUUUGGGCACGUACGUCGAUCACAUUGGUUGACUCUUGAAUACCAGUAACGGAUUGAUGUGUAUUAAUUUACUGUGAUACUUGUGUGACGGCGGCAAAAAACAAGUGUUCAUUUUCAGUCCUCCACCUGAAGACAUGAUGCUCAGAGGAAACAGAUGAACAUCAGUGAUCUCAUCGGAAUCUCAGCACAAUAAAAUAACCGUUUCCAUUGCAGACAUUUUGACUUGACAAAGCAAGAAAAGCAGUGUUACUAAUAACAUUAAAAAGGGCUGUGAGCUGGUAGGCAACACAGCAGUGCCCUGAUGAUUAGUAUAAGUUAAAUGAUUUACCUGCUGUAAAUGAGUGGAAUCCCCAAAUUAUGUUCUGUUAUGUAGAAGUAAAGACAAACCCUAAUUUCACAAAAGUAUUUCUGAAAAUUAAUCAGUUGUAUUGUAACGCUUUGAUAAAAUACAAUGGAAGUAACUGCCAUGAACACUUAGAUCUGACAUUAUUUAGCAGUUCAGCUGGUUACAUCAGUAUCAUAACAAUAUUGUAUGUUCUGGAUGGCAUUUGUAUUUUGAAAAAAGAAAAUCAAAGUAUCUUGAAUAUUUUUCUUGGUCUUGAAUGCUGCAUUACAGUUGAUCAUCAUGGAAAUAGUUUCUGUUCUAGAUAAGUAGGAAUGAAUGCUUCCAUCUAAUCAAUCAAA